GUAGCAAUAAAAAUCAUUGACAAAUCUCAGCUGGAUGCUGUGAAUCUGGAGAAGAUCUACCGAGAAGUGCAGAUAAUGAAAAUGCUUGAUCACCCACACAUUAUAAAGCUCUACCAGGUGAUGGAGACCAAAAGCAUGUUGUACCUUGUGACAGAAUUUGCCAAAAAUGGAGAAAUUUUCGAUUACCUCGCCAGCCAUGGCCGUCUAAAUGAGUCUGAGGCCAGGCGCAAAUUCUGGCAGAUCCUCUCAGCAGUGGAGUAUUGCCAUGGUCGAAAGAUUGUUCACCGUGACCUGAAGGCUGAAAAUCUUUUGCUUGACAACAACAUGAACAUCAAAAUAGCAGAUUUUGGAUUUGGAAAUUUCUAUAAGAGUGGUGAGCCUCUGACGACAUGGUGUGGAAGCCCACCAUAUGCAGCCCCAGAAGUCUUUGAAGGACAGCAAUACGAGGGACCCCAGCUGGAUAUCUGGAGCAUGGGUGUAGUUCUUUAUGUUUUGGUCUGUGGAGCAUUACCUUUUGAUGGACCAACACUCCCCAUACUGAGGCAACGAGUUCUUGAAGGAAGGUUCAGGAUCCCUUAUUUUAUGUCAGAAGAGUGUGAACAUCUGAUUAGAAGAAUGUUGGUCCUAGACCCAUCCAAACGGUUAACUAUUGCUCAGAUUAAGGAGCACAAGUGGAUGCUUAUAGAAGUUCCUGCACAGAGACCUAUUCUUUAUCCACCAGGAGAGGAGAAUGAGCCUUCCAUUGGAGAGUAUAAUGAGCAGGUCUUACGGCUAAUGCAUAGCCUUGGAAUAGACCAACAGAAAACUAUUGAGUCUCUGCAGAACAAGAGUUAUAACCACUUUGCUGCUAUCUAUUACUUGUUAGUGGAAAGACUCAAAUCACAUCGGAGUAGCUUCCCUGUGGAACAGAGACUUGAUCCUCGUCAGCGUCGGCCAAGCACCAUUGCUGAGCAGACAGUAGCCAAGGCACAAGCUGUGGUACCCUCAGUUAACUUGCAUUCACAAAACGCAAGGUUGUUGCAGUCUCCAGGUCUUCCCUCAGCUUCAGGAGCAGAAGCCUUUUCAUUCCCUCCAUCCAACUGCCAGGGAGAGUCAGCAUUUAUGGAGGAAGAAAGAGUUGAGACACCAAAGGUAAAUGGCUGCCUGCUAGAUCCUGUACCUCCCGUGGUGAUUAGGAAAGGAUGUCAAUCACUGCCUACCAGCAUGAUGGAAACUUCUAUUGAUGAAGGAAUAGAGGCAGAAGGAGAGUCAGAAGAUGACCCUGCACAGGCAUUCGCAGCCCUCCAAGCAGCUCGCUGUGGGAAGCGGCGUCACACUCUGGCAGAAGUUACCAAUCAGCUAGUGAUGAUGCCAGGCACAGGGAAAGUCUACUCGUUGGAUGAAAACUCAUCUCUGAGCAGUAUUGAUUCAGAGUAUGACAUGGGAUCCAUUCAGAGAGAUAUUAAAUUCCUGGAAGACACCCCUUCCUUGAAAGAAAUGGUGCUAACUAACCAGCAAGCACCAAGAAUGACAACACCUUUCAUAGGUCUGAGACCUGCCAAUCCAGCCAUGCAAGCACUCACCUCCCAAAAGCGUGAGGCCCACAACCGCUCUCCUGUCAGCUUCCGAGAGGGGCGCAGAGCUUCUGACACAUCCCUCACACAAGGAAUUGUAGCAUUUAGACAGCACCUCCAGAAUCUGGCACGAACCAAAGGAAUCCUGGAACUGAACAAAGUCCAGUUGCUGUAUGAACAGAUGGGAUCAGAAGAAGAACCUUCUCUGACAUCAACCGCCACCCAGUUGCAGGACCUCAUUAAUAGUCCUCCGCAGGAGGAAGCAUCUCAGCAGCAGCAGGAAGCUGCAUCUGCUUUCCCUAAUGGUGCACAUCCCCCAUUAUUAUCCAGGCGGCAAAGCUUAGAAAUGCAGUACUUACAGCACAGGCUCCAGAAACCCACUCUACUAUCAAAAGGUCAGAAUGCUUGCCAGCUGUACUGCAAAGAAUUGCCCCGGAGUCUGGAACAGCAGUUACAGGAGCAUAGGCUGCAUCAGAAGAGACUCUUUCUCCAGAAGCAGUCCCAGCUGCAGGCCUAUUUUAACCAGAUGCAAAUAGCUGAGAGCUCAUACUCACGGUCAAGUCAACUGCCACUUUCAUGCCAGGAGGAGCAACAACAACAACAGCAGCAGCAGCAAUCAACCCAGUUCAGCUUGCAGCAGCCUCUGAGCCCUGUGAUGGAGCCUUCCUCGGAACAAAUGCAAUACGACCCCUUCCUCAGUCAAUACCAGAAGGUGCAGCUGGAUCCACUGCCACCCUCCCAGAUCACCAGCCCAUCGCGGUUGUCAUCACCAGUUCAGGUGCAGCCGCCACCACAGUCCUUACAAUAUUCAUAUCAGACUUGUGAAUUGCCUGUUGUCACCUCUUCUGAGCCAGACUACCCAGACCAGUGCCAGUAUUCCAUGGACCCAGCACAACAGAGCAGUGUAGCAUUGCCUGACAGCCAGAGCAGCUCAGCAUCUCACGAGUCCCAGUCAAACUAUGAUGCAUUAACCCUCUCGGAAUUGCCUGGACUCUUUGAUUGUGAAAUGAUGGAGACUGUAGAUCCCCAGCACAGUGGCUAUGUCCUGGUGAAUUAA